UGACAUAUGAGAAUUUAUGCUACGCAAACGCAGUUUUUAUUUUGCCUGGUUAAUUUUCUGAUGUAAACUUUUUCAAAAGUUAACUUGAAAGUUCGAAAAAAUAUGUGAAGAGUCCUACGAGUAUAGGAAUAACCUAUAAAAUGGUGAAUUACUGAGAAACGUCCAGAAAAAUGGAUAACAUUGUAACAGACUGGGCUAUUCAGGCUAUACUAGGUAGAGGCACCGACUUCGUGGGUGGCAUCGACAAUGAAGCCUUGGACUUCUCUCAGUUGGCGGACUUCAUCAAUAACGAUGGCGCAUCCACCAAUUCGCCAUACUUCGGCGAUACGCUCAACGGAGCCUCUUCCACCGAGAAGCUCCUCAACGUCAUCGUGGAGAACAAGAGGAACGCCUCAGGGCAUUCCCUACCAGAGAGUCCGCCUGACAGUAGUUCGGAGCAUCCUUACAGUCCCCAGGACGGGAACGAGCCCAACUUGAGCUCUGCUGAUAACAUUUACACUACUAUCGGACAGAACAUGUACAAACCGGCUAUUCUGAAUCCUAUAAUGGCCGAGAAUCUCAUCCUGGGGUCGCACAUUGUGGUCACCGAACAGAAUGGAGAUCAGCAGAUCAUCGAAAAUGGAAAUUUGUUGCAGGACACAACUAUGCUGGUCAACAACGACAUGAGGUCUGGUGAUCUCCUUUCCAAUCGGUUGAUGCCAGAAAAUAUGGCUAACGAGCAAAACAUUAUGGAGAACCGCCUCAUAAUACCCUCGGACGGAAAUUUGGGCGACAACAGGAGCAUUAUUUUGACUGGAGAGCAGCAGAACGCACAGCAUUUCGAAGAGAGGAUCUACAAUAAGGUGCAACAGGAUUUCGAUAAGAACUAUGUGAUCUGCGAGUGCAACACGUUAGACCUGAACCUUCCCAGGAACGGGAUGUGUGAGCAGAAUGUUGAAGGGAUGAAGACGGUUUACACGAAUCUGCAAAAUGCGCCAAAAAAGAGGAAGUUGAGCCAAGAUGUUGUGUCUCCCAAGGUUGAACCUGGUAUUGGAGCUGAACAACCUUCUCAGAUGAGUCCCAGUGAAAAUAUGUCUUCGUCAAUAGGAGACGAUGACUACCAAUCUUCUGAAGCCUGUCUUUCAGAAUCCGGUUACCAGUGCAUUAGGUUCAAUUCGUUUUUACAGAACAACUGGCAUACGCUGUGUGAUCAGAAUUUAACAGAACUACCUGUUCCUCAUUAUCGUGUUGAUGCAGAUAAAGGAUUUAAUUUUUCUACUGCGGACGAUGCUUUUGUAUGCCAGAAAAAGAACCACUUUCAGAUCACAUGUCAUGUGCAAGUUAUAGGGGAUGCGCAGUUUGUUAAAACUUCUGAAGGUUUUCAGAAAAUUUCAAGUUUUCAUUUACAUUUUUAUGGUGUAAAACACGAUUGCCCCACACAAACUAUUAGGGUGGAGCAAAGUCAAAGUGAUCGGAGUAAAAAACCAUUUCACCCAGUACUGAUCGAGCUGCUAGGUUCUCAGGUCACAAAAGUUACUGUAGGAAGACUUCAUUUCAGUGAGACAACCUCGAACAAUAUGAGAAAAAAGGGAAAACCAAACCCAGAACAAAGAUAUUUUCAGUUGGUGGUUGGUCUUCAUGCCCAUACUGCAAGUGGAAACUAUCCUAUAGUUUCACAUGCAAGUCAAAAAAUCAUUGUUCGAGCUUCUAAUCCUGGUCAGUUCGAGAAUGACGUUGAAUUAUGUUGGCAGAAGGGACAGACACAAGACUCAAUAUGUCAUAAUGGGAAAGUUGGAAUUGGGACUGACCGUCCUGACGAAUCUCUGGUGGUACACGGUAAUAUCAAAGUUACCGGUCAUAUCAUUCAACCCAGUGAUAUAAGAGCAAAGAAAAAUAUCGUUGAAUGUGAUACAGCUACCCAGCUGAAGAAUGUACAAAAGAUAAGGGUGGUUAGGUAUGAGUAUGAUCCAAACUUCGCUGCUCAACUGAAUAAAGAAAUUGAUUGUUUCGAUACCGGUGUUAUUGCACAGGAAGUUGCAGAAAUAAUACCAGAAGCAGUGAGUCCUGCAGGUAACCUCAUCUUGAAGAAUGGAAAUUCUAUAGAUAAUUUUUUGGUGGUUAAUAAGGAAAGAAUAUUUAUGGAAAAUAUUGGUGCUGUCAAAGAGCUCUGCAAGGUGACAGACAAUCUGGGCAAUAGAAUAGAUCAAUUAGAGAGAAUAAACAAACGAUUGAAUAAGAUUAAAAGAGGAGAUAGUUUAAAAUCUACUUCUACCAUAUCUAGUGGUAAAGCUUCAAUUAUGAAGAAGUGCCCAAAGCACCAUCAAAAGUGUCCACAUGAUGACAGCGAUGAACUAUGUUCGAAUAAAUUUAUACAAAUUGUUAUAGUUAUAUUAGUCUUAAUUAUGGCCUUUUGUUUAGCAGCUAUCACAACCUUGUAUUUAAUGGAAACAUCCAGGUAUCAACACUUUGCCCAAAGCUUAGAAAAUUCCCAUAGAACACAUUCGAUGAAAAGACCUACUAAAUCGACUAAAUCUCAUACAUGGCUUUCUUUCACACCCUACAUAAUGACAACAGAUAGAAAUUCAGCUGUCAAUAGGCUAAUAAUAGAUAAGAAUUUGCUCAAGAAGCCGUACACUAUCGGUAAACCUUCAGAUUGUUUGAAUGUGGACCAAGAUCUGGAAAACUCGAAUUUAUGCCAGAUUUAUUGUUGUGCUGAUAUAAAAAGCUCAAUUUUUGACAAAACGCCACUACAGAGGAAUAGGACUGACCUCCUUCUCAACCUGGAAAAAAAUGGUGUCAACAAGCCCUUGCACUCUAACGAUAUAGAAAAGCAGAUCACGAGACACAAGAGAAAUUCGUUAGACCUUUCAGAUGAGUCCAAUGUUUUUGACACAACUGAUGAUCAAUUAUUUGUCAUAACAGUUCAAGGAAGAAAUUUCAACACAACUUUGACAGAUCGAUAUUUUGACUCUGUGGGCAACUACAACUAUACUUACGUAAUUCCAUUGUCGAAAUAUAUGCCUGAUGAAUACUUAAAUCUCAUCUUUAGAUUCAAUCAACCUAAUGUGAAAGAGAUAGAACACUGCUUUAACGAUUUUAAAAGGAAUGAGUGUCCAUACUCAGGAUUCUUCGAUGAUAAAACAGAGACAAAGCAUCGAAUCAACGAAAACAAUUCAGAACAUCAUAUCAACUCCCAUAGUAUUGUUUUUGAGGUGGCUGUGAUGGAUUUUCAAUCUAAAAUGAUGACCUAUAGAGCACCUUUACAACAAAGUCAGAAUAUUUGCAGAGCAACAAAGUUAGGAUUUGAAUUUGUAGAGUAUAAUUUUCUAUUUCACAGACAGUGUGACGAAUGAAAAGUCACAUUGUUUCUUCCCUUCUGUAAGUAUUAGAAAAUAGUAUUAUAUAUAGACUGUAAAUUGAAUGAUUCAUUAUCAUGACAAAAUUAUGAUGAUACAGAUUUUAGUCCAUUCUUUAGAAUACUCAAGUAAUGAUCAAUAACAAUAAUCUGUAACUAUCUAUGAUCUCUUUUACUAAUGUUUCUGUAUAUAGGUACUGUUGAAAAGUGAUUAUUUUAAAGGAUGCAAAUGAAGAUAACUAAAAUUGAAUAUUUUCAUUUUGGGUUUAGAGGUAGAAUAAAAAACAAAAUACUUGCACCUAAAUUAGAUUGUAAGUUUUAAAGGCAAUGAGAGUGUUCAAGUUUUUUCACUUCAGAGAUCAUAAAAAAUUCGACUCUUUUGUAUGGCACUCUGUAUUGUAGUAUAUGUACUUAAUAUUCCGUCCAAAAUGCCUAAGUUUUUACUGGGGACAGGAGGGUCUCCUAUUGAUUCUUCCUGUAUAUUUCAAGCAAUUUUUUGUUUUUCUCAAGGAUAGACAUAGUCGAUGUUUCUGUUAUAUACGUACCUUAAAGACAAAUUUUUAUAAUUGUAAAUAUUCCAUAAGGUCUUUAAUUUCCAUUUUGAAUUUUAUAUAAGUAUAAUUCAUCGCUACAACUCUUAUUUUAACAUAUUUUAAUCACUGUUUUGUUUGGUUUCUGAGAUAUUUGAAUAAUUAUAAAUAGAAGAGUAAAUAACUUUUGUGAUUUAUGUCGAGAAUAAAUUAAUAUAUAUAUUGUUUUUUGAAUGAAUAUAGUAUCUUGUUUUCUUGUUCCA